GAGAGAGAGAAAGAGAGCGGGCGAGCAAGAGAACGAACGAAGGAACGCAAACAAGUGCAGCAGCAGCUGUGGAAAAGUACAGGGAAAGUUACGAAGACGUGCAGCAGCCUUUGUGACAGCUGCAUUAGUUCGAUGGGAAAAUGUUUUCUCAAUUUGCCGGCUUGAAUGACAGUCACCGGAAAGGUGGAAAAUAAAUCAACAGGAAAAGUAGAGGAAACGUGUUGGAAUGGCGGGGGGCAAGUUGCAGAACAGCUGUCGGUUUGCCCUCAACGAAGGCAAUAUCCUUGACCCAAUCUUCCAGCAACAUCUAGACGAUGCACGGGAGCAGAUCCGCAGGGAGAUUCUGAAAGAGCUGAAGAUUAAGGAGGGAGCAGAGAACCUGCGCAAAGCCGUUAGUGACAAAAACCACUUGGCAAAUGUGGAGGGGGUUCUGAAGGCCUCCAAGCGUAAAUUGGAAAAGCUGCAUUGGGAGCUGCAGGAACUCAAUGCACGAGCUGUGGCCAGAGAAAAAGAGAAUGGGCCAGAUGAUGUCAGUCCCUGUCUUUGGAAAGAAACAACCACCCCUGCAACUGGCCGAAUUCAAUCCUUGAAAAGACAGCUUAACAUAGAGAUGAAAGUAAAGCAAGGAGCAGAGAAUAUUCUACAGAUGUAUAAUAAUGGAGCAUCCAAGGACCGCAAGAUGCUUUCAACAGCUCAGCAGAUGCUCCAGGAUAGCAAGACUAAGAUUGAGUUGAUUCGCAUGCAGAUAUUCAAAGUUGCCCAGUCUCCAGGGGGAGCAGAGGAGACCUCUGAGCUUGAAAAUGAUAACGGAGCUCGAAUUUCUGGUACCCUUAGUCCCUUGGAGUUGCGGGUUGAGGAGCUGCGACACCGCCUGCACAUUGAGGCUGCAGUGGCAGAAGGAGCCAAAAAUGUAGUGAAGCUGCUGGGUGGACGCAGGGUGCAGGACCGCAGGGCACUUGCUGAGGCGCAGUCCCGUCUGCAAGAAUCCUCUCAAAAACUAGACCUUCUACGGCUGUCACUGGAGUGCAGGCUGAAUGAACUGCCCCAUGAGCACCCCAAACGGGACCUAAUCAAGCAAGAUUUGAUCUCUGGAAGCUCCCCAUCUGUUUGUCUCCAGAAUAGCCGCAUCCAGACCGCCUCAGCGUUCCUGAAGCCUGCUUCCCUUACAGGCAAGCUUGAAGUCCGGCUCAUGGGCUGCCAAGACCUGCUGGAGUCUGUGCCAGGUCGAAGCCGAUUAGCAAGUGUAUCGUUUGUGCCAGGAAGCCCCUCUGAUGCCAAAUCCUCCCUGAAGGCACGGACUGGAAUGUCCAGUCGUCACUUAAAGUCUGAUGAACCAAGCAUGGAGAUCAGUGCUGUUCUAAAACUGGAUAACAAAAUGGUUGGUAGGACCAACUGGAGACCUAUCAGUAACCAGGCUUGGGACCAGUGCUUCUGUAUCGAACUGGAAAGGUCUCGCGAGCUAGAAAUUGGGGUAUACUGGCGGGACUGGAGAGAACUAUGUGCUGUUAAAUUCCUGCGACUAGAAGACUUUCUUGACAAUGAGCGGCAUGGCAUGUGUCUGUACCUGGAGCCACAGGGAAUGCUGUUUGCGGAGGUGACUUUCAUAAACCCUGUGAUUGAACGUCACCCAAAACUUCAACGGCAGAAACGUAUCUUUCCUAAGGAGAAAGGCAAAGACUUCUUGCGAGCAGCCCAAAUGAAUAUCAACAUUGCAACCUGGGGCCGUCUGAUGAUGAGUGUGCUACCUCCUUGCAGUUCCAUGAGCACAUUGAGCCCCCCACUCACAGUUUCUUGUCACCCUGAGUUUGUUUCGCCAUCUGAGAACCUUGCUGGGUCAAGCCCGACCACACCUUUCCCUGGUGACCUACCAGUCAUCAAACUCAAUUUUAGUGAAGAGCGGCCACAAAAACCCCCACGCCUCUAUUUAGGAACUCCUGGCCAGGAUGCAGCCAUGUCACCGAGUGUAAAAGGAAAUCUUAACGAAGAAAAAAGGAACAACGGCAUCGAAAAUCACAGUAUCAGGAAGGAUGGCCUGCAGAUGGAUGAUUUUCAGUGCCUCUCUGUACUUGGAAGAGGCCAUUUUGGGAAGGUUCUUCUGGCUGAAUACAAGCAAACUGGAAAGUUGUAUGCUAUCAAAGCUUUGAAGAAAGGUGACAUUGUAACCAGAGGAGAGGUUGACAGCUUAAUGUGCGAGAAGCGCAUUUUUGAAACUGUCAACAGAUCCCAACACCCUUUCUUGGUGAACCUGUUUGCCUGUUUCCAGACCCCAGAGCAUGUCUGCUUUGUCAUGGACUACUCUCCAGGUGGUGAUCUCAUGAUGCACAUUCACUCUAAUGUCUUCUCGGAAAAGCGGGCACGGUUCUAUGCUGCUUGUGUGGUCCUGGGAUUGGAGUUCCUUCACAUUAAUAAGAUUGUGUACAGAGACCUGAAGCUUGAUAAUUUACUGCUUGAUGUGGAUGGCUUUGUGAAAAUUGCAGAUUAUGGACUUUGUAAAGAAGGAAUGGGUCAUGGCGACCAGACUGGCACAUUCUGUGGAACCCCUGAGUUUUUGGCUCCAGAGGUGCUAACCGAGAACACUUACACGCGGGCAGUUGAUUGGUGGGGAAUGGGUGUCCUGAUUUAUGAGAUGCUGGUUGGAGUGUCUCCAUUUCCAGGUGACGAUGAAGAAGAGGUGUUUGACAGCAUUGUGAAUGAUGAAGUUCAGUACCCAAGGUUCCUUUCGCCCGAUUCCAAAUCUGUCAUAUGCAAGUUGCUCCAGAAAAAUCCCGAAAAGCGGCUCGGUGCAGGGGAGAGAGAUGCAGAAGAUGUCAAGGAACACCAGUUCUUUCAGGAAAUUAACUGGGAGGACCUCCUGCACAAGAAAGUGAAGCCCCCUUUCAUCCCAACAGUUAAAAGUCCUUGCGACGUCAGUAACUUCGAUGAAGAAUUCACGGUGCUGAAGCCGGUCUUGACGCCACCGCACACGGGUUGCUGUCUUACACGGCAGGAGCAGGAGCAAUUUGGGGAUUUUGACUUUACUGCACCGCAGAGGAAGGUUUGACUUUUAUAGUAAAUGUUGGCUAGACGGGACUCCUCAACAGCUUUUGUAAAUCCUGGCUGUAUGAACCAUCACGGUGUAUUUACUUUAUGGUUAGUAAGUCAUUCUUCUUGUCUCAAAUGUUCCAACAAGGCACUGAAUCCAUUUGUGGCUAUUCAUGCCAGCACUAUGAAAUGGGGUGGGAGGAAAAACUUGGAGCAUGUGAGCCUCUUACUGCUAGGUUUUUACUUUAUGGGACCACCAUGUAUCUGUAUGCCAAGGAUAGACUUUACUGUGGUUGGCGUAAUUAAGAAUUUUCUGCCUAGAGGGCAAGCUGCCAUAACCCAACCAGCACCUCUUCCUAAAGCAGUUGGGGCUGAGUUGGUCCUUUGUCCUAAUGGGUGCUAGUGGGCACGGAGUGGACUGGACUGCAUUGCCUGCCUUACUUUUAUUCAUCCAAAACGUUUAUAUUUUGUCUUUUGAGUGAUCCCUACUGCCCAAACUCUUAGGCUGAGCUGUAUUUGGCUCACUGAUUGUCAGAAAUCCAUUAAGAAUUUGUCUGCCAUUUUUCUAGGCUCUGAUGAGAUCCCUGGAUUUGCGACAACAGUGGUAGGCCUAUUGUUACUCCCAUCCUGGUCACUCAGAUUGAUAUUUUUGUGAGUUCUACAAUGGUAGGCAUGGCGUACAUUUGCAGUGACCCCACGGGUAUAUCCAGGGGGUCCAUGCCAAUUGCAUUUGGUGAGCCAGCCACAGAAGGAAGGUCUGCUCUGUUAUCUUCACGCGACAGCGAGGUCCACAAAUCUGUUUGACUGUGACUUUGCUGUAUGGUCUCCGUUUUCUAACUUUAUGAAGUGCCUGAAAGUCUUGAAAUUUCCAUUUAAUAGUUCAAAGAAUAAGGAGGGUGGGUGAUUUCAUUUGAUGAAGUAGCCAUGCGGACUUGACGUUGAAGUUGAGCUUUGCUUUUGACAAUGCAAUAACGGCAUUCGUUCCUUGUUGUUGUGUGUGUGUUUGUUUUUACUUCUUACUGGGAAUGCCUUUAAUGUCUGAAAUAUUUAAUUCCUGCAAACUGCCAAAGCUGCUGAAAUGAAUCAAGACGAGAACAUGCGAGCUGUGGCUGGGUGUGUAUUUCAAGGUGCAUGUCCUGAGUGUGUGACUCACUGCUGAACAACACGUCUACUGUGAAAAGCAUAAAGCACUACGUACCGAUUGACAGGGCGACAUUAUUUUUAGUAUAAAUGUGUCUGAGGGGAGAGAGAGUGAAAGGUGGAAAAAAAGAAAAAUCUAUGUAUAUCUAUAUAAAAUGAAUAAACCUUUUUCACUAAAA